AUGUUAUUUGAACGGAACUUUGAUCCACAAACAUAUUGGUUGGAUCCCGUACUACGAUCUAGGGGCACAAUUGGCAAUGCUGGUAUAAAUUUUGAGUUUGCUGCUUUCAUGGUGGAUGCUCAUCUGAAGCGAGAUGAGCUCUCUGAGCGCAUACGGAAUGAAGUACUACCACAAUUGGUAGAACACUACAGACCAUUUUUUGAAGCAUAUCCCUUCCUUUCGGAACCCAAGCCGGUCCAAUUGGAAAAAUUAGGAGAGACUGGUUUCUAUUUCCAUGGAGAAAUACUGUGUCCUGACGGUAUUGAUGCUGAUUUACUCUAUGGGCUACUCUACGAAUUCCUGUUAAAGUUUGAAUCUUUAUUCAUUCAUGUUGCGGGCCAUAUUUUGCUGGCAUUUGAUUCGGAAACGAUAUUGCCCGAUGAAGAUCUUGAAAUUUCAAUGAACAGGUUCUGGUUAAACCAGGGAAACAUAUUGUAUAUAAGUCCGCUGGUGUUUCACCCAGGCGAAGAUAUUCUCUUGGAGGAUUCCUUAGAUUUCAUGCAACACAAUGCCCAUCAAUGUGUUCAGUAUGGAUCUGUUUUUAGGAAAGGCGAAGAAUCUGUUUACUUGAAGAAUGCUCUAGAGGGUGUAGUUGAUGUACCAGAAGUAAGGAUACCGAGAGCCUUGGCUAGUGUAUAUAUGCGGUAUCCUUGGUUGAUUUCCGCAUCUUUUAUGACAUACUACAGCAACAGUUCUCUCCGUGAGGAUGGAGAGGAAAGAGAUCAAAGGACUCUGCAUGAUAGACUGAGUGUCAGCAACGAAGAGGAAUUUAUUACACUUCAAGUUGGACUUCCGGAUUGGAUAGCAACAUUUGUGGACCAGCAAGCGGAUGAAUCUUUGGCCCUGAUCCUCAUGGCAGGAUUCGACAAACUAUUACGAAAAUCUACUAAACUAGUUGAAGAAUAUAAAAAUCUCAAACGGGUUUCUGGAUCUGAGUCCAUUGAAUUGACAAGAAUAAGACUUCAAAAUAAGUUAAUAUCUCAGGGAAGGCUCGACAAAUUGAUUCCUCCUAAGAAGUACGCAUUUGAUGAAAAGGAAAGUGAUAUUAAUGAUAAUGUGAUUUCAGGAGAUCAAGAGAAGUUGAUGGCUCAAAUGACGGAGUUCCUCAAAGAUGAGGAUAAGGUACGAAACUUAUUUGAAAAGGAUGACCAGGACGAAGAUGGAGAAGAUGAUGACCAGGACGAAAGAGAAGCAGCUGCAGAAUAUUUCGAAAAGGAAGGUGUAGAUAUAGAUGAAGACGAUUUUUUCGAAUUCUUCUUGAGGAAUGCGCUUAAAGUUGAAAAGAAAGACCUUUCCAAUUACGUUGCUGGGCCGUCGUCUACAAACAUCGAAAGAAAGCGGGUAUACAAUAAUGACAGUGACUACACAAGUGAUGAGGCAGAAUUUCCCGCAAGCUAUAAGGAUGUGGAAGAUCUGGAGGAGGAGUACGAUUCUGAUGACUUGGAUGUACAAGACUCCUUUGUAAACAUGAGAACAAGGUGA